CAGAUAAGCCUUCAAUGCCCCGCCUCUUCCCCAAGCCCCGCCCCUCCCGGCACGUCUGCCUGCGCCUGCGCCUGCGCCUGCGCCUGCGCAGACGGCGGCCAGGCCCCACCAGCCAUGGUGAACCUGGGGCUGUCCCGGGUGGACGACGCCGUAGCCGCCAAGCACCCGGGGCUGGGCGAGUACGCCGCCUGCCAGUCGAGCGCCUUCAUGAAGGGCAUUGUCACCCUUGUCACAGGCACCGGCACGGCCCUGGGCCUGCAGAUGUUCAUUCAGAGGAAGCUGAAGUACCCCUUCCAGUGGAACGUCCUGGUGGCCGUGGUCGCAGGCUCCUUGGCCAGCUACGGGGUGACCCGUGUGGAGACCCAGAAGUGCAGCGACCUCUGGCUCUUCCUGGAGACGGGGAAGCUCCCCGCAGACAUGGGCGCAGAUCAACGCACGUAGGAGAGCCCCAGCCAGGCACACGGGUCCUGGGCCCAGAGAGUUCUAGAACACAGCACCUCGCACCCCGGCUGGCCCUCCCCGCACCCCGGGGCGCGUGUGAGAGGACUCUGCACUCGGGACUGGCAAUCCCUUUCUGGGCCCAUUCCCCACCGUCCGGGGGACGAUUCUGGGCUUGUGGACUAAUAAACACCUCGCUCU